AUGGCACCCGUCAUCUUCGGCUUGCCCUUCAGCGAGUUCACAUGGUCCAAGUUUGGCAAUGCCAAUAUGUGGAAUAAUGUCUACCACCUGAGAAGGACGAAGUUCAUCGUCUACCAGUUGGCCAUGAUCUUCUGUGUUGUUUCAGAAUCGCUCGGAACGGAUGCUCUGUCAAGAUUUGUCAGCCAGCAAAAGUACCUCAAGUCUCAUGGUGCCGGCGAGUACAACAACGACUAUGUUGGUGUUGCAUCCUACAACAUCUUUGCUGGAAUCUACGUUGCCACCAUCUUUGGUGGUGCUUUCUUCUUCGACCUGAUCUGGCCCGAGAGACAUGAGGACCAUGGUGUUAGAGUUGCAUGGAAGCUCUCUGCCAUUGCCGGCAUCUUCGUACACUUGGCCAGUUGUAUCGCAAUGACCGUCAUCGUCGCUACCAAGAGCGCAUACGUCACUGGUGUUAGCGCAGAAGAGGGAAACAGACUCGUUCUCGAGAACGGCAAGACUCCUCUCGACUACAGACAUAGCGCUCGUAUCGUGACUUCGGUCGUCUUUGGAUGGAUCGGAUGGAUCUUCGUCAUCGCUAGCACCGUCAUCCUCGUUGUGGGCAAGACCCACGACGAGAAGAUGGGACCCUGGAGCACACAUGUCCGCGAGGCAAAGAAGAACAACGUCGACGUUGAGUCCAACUUUGUCAACGGACAUCCAUCGGAGAAGCCCUUGACCAACCCUCUUACUGGCGAGCAGCCCGAGGCUCUGGCCCCCAAUCAUCCUCAGCCUGCUCACGUUCGCGAGCCUACCCGCAUUGAGGAGCCCUCGAUGGAGGCACAGAACCACCACAGUUUUGACUCGAGCGCACCUGCCGUCAACCCUGCUCACGUCUAG